AUCAGGGAGACCAGACCAAGCAACUUGCCUCCACUGUCACUUACAGACCUCUACCAGUAGCGCAUCUUCAUUAUGCUGGGCCCAAUCGUCGGAUCCGCCAUGCUCCUGGUCGCUACCGCGAUCUUUCUCUACUACACGACCUGGACUCUGUUGAUGCCCUUCGUCGACCCGGGUCACCCUCUCCACGAUCUCUUCCCUCCCCGUGUCUGGGCCAUCCGCAUCCCCGUCUUCCUUACUCUGCUCGGUUCCGCCGUGGUUGGCACGUUCAUAGGCAUCGUGAUGAUCAACAGCAACAAGAAGAAGGCAGCUAAGGCCAAGGCGGCCGCGGCAAAGAAGAAGACUUAAGCUUGCUCUGAUCGCAGACGUGGCGUUGGGUGGAUGGGUUGGGUGUGAACAUGGCGACUUGGAACAGGUGGCAUCAUCUUAUUAACAGUGUAACAUUACUUUUUCCUUCUUCCCAACAGUUGCCCUUGAUUGGGUUGUUCAGUCAGCAGAGCGUUCAAUUACACCAUCCGCAUUCCUCGCAGUCUGCAAGCUUGCCGCGUGGGUAGGUAGGAAGGGGGGGCGACGGGGAGGGUGCGAUGACGAGCGCCGACGACAUGCCCGGAUGCCGCCCAGACCUCAGGCGAAGCGUUCCUGGUUUCCCUUCCUUCUUUACCCUCAAUAGCCACCGCGUAAUAUUUUGGUCACGGCCCGGGUCUCAACCGAU